CCUGGAGCCCGGCCUGUAGCAUGAAGAAGAACAUCUCUGCAAAGAGGGGCCCCCUGGAUGGGAACCAACCGCCCAGCCAGCCGGAGAAAGUGGGCUGGAUACGCAAGUUCUGCGGGAAAGGGAUUUUCCGAGAGAUCUGGAAGAACCGCUAUGUGGUGAUCCGAGGAGACCAACUCUACAUGUCCGAGAAAGAGGUGAAGGACGAGAAGAACGGUCAGGAGGUUUUCGAUCUGAGUGACUACGAGAAGUGUGAGGAGCUCCGGAAAUCCAGAAGUCGGUCCAAGAAGAACCACAGCCGAUUCUCACUGGUGCGGUCCAAGCAGCCGGGGAAUACGGCUCCGAACCUCAUCUUCCUCGCCGUCAGCCCCGAGGAGAAGGAAUCCUGGAUCAACGCCCUGAACUCUGCGAUCACCCGAGCCAAGAACCGUAUCCUGGACGAGGUUACAGUGGAGGAGGAAAGCUUCCUGGCCCAUCCAACCCGGGACAGAGCAAAGAUACAGCACUCGCGGCGCCUGCCGACAAGAGGUCACCUCAUGGCUGUGGCAUCUACCUCAACGUCCGACGGCAUGCUGACCCUGGACCUCAUCCAGGAAGAAGACGCCUCCCCGGAGGAGCAGGGCAGCUGCGAGCAAAGCUUCCGAGUGGACCUGGACAAGUCGGUGGCCCAGCUGGCUUCCACCCGCCGCCGAUCCGACUCGGAGAACCUCAGAUCUUCGGAGAAAGGGAAGUCGGAGAACCCGCAGAGGAAAGAGCAGAUCCCCUGGGAGAAAUGGGGUACGCACCGCGACUCGUUCGGGAAGGGCGCAACCUACACACCUCAGGUCCCCAAAAAAUUGUCCUAUUCGGAGAAGAACAAAUGUGCCUCCAUGGAGGAGAUCCUGUCCCGCUCGGACUCUUCCGGCCACCCACCCGUCCCGGCAAAGGUCCCCGAGUCCGAAAGGCUGUCGCGGAUACAGGAACUGAUCGCUCAGAAGAUAGACAGAACUCAGGAACUUCUCACCGCGGUGGAAGAAUGUGGAGAGGGGAGAAAAAAGGGAAAGGAACCUUCCGGGAAGGAGGACUUGGAGGAGGCCGAGAGGCUUUUAGGAGAGGCCUCUUCUAACUGGAGGCAGGCCCGGAAGGUCCUGCAAGAAAUUAAGGAGCUGAGGGACCUGUACAAACAAGCCGACCGGCAGCCCCUAGACCCUAAGCAGAAACUGAGCAGUCAUUACAGGAAAAGCCUAAUGUGAGGGGGGCGCAGGGUCCACCGCGUCCUCCUGUCCGAAAAACAAA